ACUUCGAGGGGCGGGGAAAGGCAUGACCAUAAUUGAUGCAUUUGCUUGUCAGGGGAGCAGCUGCGCGCCAAACUCAGUCAACCAUAGCCGAACUCCGGCGCGUGGGGAAAGCGGAAAUCAAAUGGACCCUUUUGUUCCUCGCGGUGCGUGACGCCCACUCAAAACACGCGUGUUGAUUAAAUUAAGGAAGCGUACACUAUGUGCAAGACUCAUAUUUUGGCGUAGAUUCUGCUGCGGCACAACCGAACAUCUUUAUCAACCCAACCGGUGUCCAGGACGAACAGGCAGGUUCCUAGAUGAGCUGGGUGGUCUUGGACUUGUAGUAGUCACUGGCAGCAGAGAACUGGAAGGAAAGGCGGCCAAAGGAGGUGUUGGCUUUGGGGAUGACCAGUGAGAUAUACGAGGCAACUGUAGUGACUACUGGACGCCUGUAGUGACUAGCAUUAUGGGAUGUGGCACCUCCGUCACCACCGACAACAAGGGGAGGAGACUGACGACAGACGAGAUGGCCAAGAACACUCCCAGCCCUGCACUGGCUAUGAAGGCAGCCAUCCUGAUCCAGCGCUGGUACAGACGUUACAUAGCCAGGUUAGAGAUGAGACAGCGAUACACCUGGAACAUCUUCCAGUCUAUAGAGUAUGCUGGGGAGCAGGACCAGCUACAGCUCUCCAGUUUCUUCAGUUUCAUGCUGGACAACUUCACUCAACCCAAUGGGAAUGGUCCAGAUCUGAUCUCCCACCUGCUGGACCCAGUGGUUGACCCGUGGUCAGACAGAGAGAGACAGACCAUGUAUGAACAGAUCACUGUUCCUGAGUCCUACAGCGGUCCUCACCUCAGCUUCCCCCUCACCGUCUCUCACACCAACGCCCUGCUCUCUGCAUUCAAAGAACAACAGCCUCUCCACAGCAGAUACAUGCUGCAGUUGUUACAGCAGACUAAGAAGCUCCUGAAACAGAUGCCAAACGUCAUUCAGCUGUCCACACCCUACGCCAAGGAGAUCACAAUAUGUGGAGAUUUACAUGGCCGACUAGAUGACUUGCUGCUCAUAUUCUACAAGAACGGCCUCCCCUCGGCAGAGACUCCGUACGUGUUCAACGGAGACUUUGUGGACCGAGGGAAGAAGUCUGUGGAGAUCAUUAUCCUGCUGUUUGCCUACCUGCUCCUCUACCCUGACCACAUGACCCUGAACAGAGGCAACCACGAGGACCACAUCAUGAACCUCCGAUAUGGAUUCACUAAAGAAGUUAUGCAGAAGUACAAGACACAUGGCAGGGACAUCCUACUGCUGCUCCAGGAUGUGUUCAGCCUCCUCCCCAUAGCAACAGUCAUCGACAACAAGGUGCUCAUUGUCCACGGAGGAAUAUCAGACAUGACGGACCUGGAUUUCCUCAACUCUAUAGAGAGACACAAGGUGAAAUCUGCCCUGAGGCUUCCUAGGAAGAGUCUGAACCAUCUGGAGGUGACUAGGAGCAGUAGACAGGGCCAACCAGAGAGCCCCCGGUGUAGGAGCAGGGGCCAGCCAGAGAGUCCCCGGUGUAGGAGCAGGGGCCAGCCAGAGAGUCCCCGGUGUAGGAGCAGGGGCCAGCCAGAGAGUCCCCGGUGUAGGAGCAGGGGCCAGCCAGACAGCCCCCAGUGUAGGAGCAGGGGUCAGGACCAUGGCAACACCCCCAAGAAGAGACGUCACCUCACCAGACAGGGCAGCUCCUCCUCUUCCUCCUCAUCUUCGCUGUGCUCCCCCCGGGGGUCGUCCCGCCGCUGCCUUUCUCCCAGCAUGCUGAGCCCCACCAACAACCUCCAGGUGCCCUUCCUGGACUCCUUCACCGCCCUCCCCGUCCGUCAGCCACCCAGGGAGGAGUUGGAGUGGAAACAGGUAGUAGAUUUGCUGUGGAGCGACCCGAAGAGCCAGCCAGGCUGCAGUCCCAACACCUUCAGGGGAGGAGGCAGUUACUUCGGGCCAGACGUGACCAGACGCCUGCUGGAGAGACACGGCAUGACUCUGCUGAUCAGAUCACAUGAGUGUAAACAGGAGGGCUACGAACUCUGCCACGACGGACAGGUGAUCACCAUUUUCUCUGCGUCUAACUACUAUGAGGAGGGUAGUAACCGUGGAGCCUACAUUAAGCUGGGCAGAGAGCUGGUCCCUCGCUUCUUCCAGUACCAGGUCAGCAGGAACACCAGGAAACUCACCCUGACUCAGAGGGUGAAUGUGGCAGAGGGUUCGGCUGUAAGGGCUGUACAGGAGAAGCUGUUUGCCCACCGCUCAGAACUCAUGGCUGCCUUUCAGCAGUAUGACACAAGUAACAGUGGCUGUAUCUCUGUCAGUGAGUGGGCCCUGGUGGUGGAGUCAGUCCUGAGACUGGACCUGCCCUGGAGGACUCUGCGCCCGCGCCUGGCACGGCUGGCACCAGAUGGCAGCAUCGACUACCAGUCCUGCUUCGAGGACAUGGGCCCGGGACAACCCAUACCCCAGGUCACUCCAAACUUGGCUGAAACUCUUUACAGAUAUCGAACAGACCUUGAGAUUAUCUUCAACAUCAUGGACAAAGACCACUCUGGUCAGAUCUCCAUCGAGGAGUUCCGUCAGACCUGGCGUCUGUUUAGUGCUCACCUGGGUGUGGAGGUGGAUGAUCGGGCCAUAGAUGAACUGGCUAAGAGUAUAGACUUCAACAAGGAUGGCAGCAUCGACUUCAACGAGUUCCUAGAGGCCUUCAGGGUGGUGCACAAACUGGAUGUUAAAGACCAACAGCAGGGCUGAGAGAAAUCUUGUUGUAGACCUGAAGACUUACAUUAGCUACCCGGGCAAUGACUUGGCUUUAGCUCAGUGAGCCAACACUGGCAGCAGGGCUGAGAGAACUACAAAGACCAGCGGCCCGGUUGAGAGAACUACAAAGACCAGUGGCUACACAGACCAGCGGCUAGGCUGAGAGAUCUACAAAGACCAGCAGCUAGGCUGAUAGAACUACAAAGACCAGCAGCUAUGCUGAGAGCGAACUACAAAGACCAGCAGCUAUGCUGAGAGAGAACUACAAAGACCAGCAGCUAGGCUGAGAGAGAACUACAAAGACCAGCAGCUAGGCUGAGAGCGAACUACAAAGACCAGCAGCUAUGCUGAGAGAGAACUACAAAGACCAGCAGCUAUGCUGAGAGAUCUACAAAGACCAGCAGCUAUGCUGAGAGCGAACUACAAAGACCAGCAGCUAUGCUGAGAGAGAACUACAAAGACCAGCAGCUAUGCUGAGAGAUCUACAAAGACCAGCAGCUAUGCUGAGAGAGAACUACAAAGACCAGCAGCUAUGCUGAGAGAGAACUACAAAGACCAGCAGCUAUGCUGAGAGAGAACUACAAAGACCAGCAGCUAUGCUGAGAGGUCUACAAAGACCAGCAGCUAUGCUGAGAGGUCUACAAAGACCAGCAGCUAGGCUGAGAGGUCUACAAAGACCAGCAGCUAGGCUGAGAGGUCUACAAAGACCAGCAGCUAGGCUGAGAGAACACUACAAAGACCAGCAGCUAUGCUGAGAGAGAACUACAAAGACCAGCAGCUAUGCUGAGAGAGAACUACAAAGACCAGCAGCUAUGCUGAGAGAGAACUACAAAGACCAGCAGCUAUGCUGAGAGGUCUACAAAGACCAGCAGCUAGGCUGAGAGGUCUACAAAGACCAGCAGCUAGGCUGAGAGGUCUACAAAGACCAGCAGCUAGGCUGAGAGAACACUACAAAGACCAGCAGCUAUGCUGAGAGAGAACUACAAAGACCAGCAGCUAUGCUGAGAGAGAACUACAAAGACCAGCAGCUAUGCUGAGAGAGAACUACAAAGACCAGCAGCUAUGCUGAGAGAGAACUACAAAGACCAGCAGCUAUGCUGAGAGAGAACUACAACGACCAGCAGCUAUGCUGAGAGAAAACUACAACGACCAGCAGCUAUGCUGAGAGAAAACUACAAAGACCAGCAGCUAUGCUGAGAGAACUACAAAGACCAGCAGCUAUGCUGAUAGAACUACAAAGACCAGCAGCAGGCUUGAGGGGAGCCAUGCUCCACUUGGCUUUAGCUCUGCAGGCUUAAACAGUCUUGUGGUCAACCAUACACUCAGUGUAGCACAUGCAGUUGUGUAACAGUAUAACUUUAAACCGUCCCCUCGCCCCGACACGGGCGCGAACCAGGGACCCUCUGCACACAUUAACAACAGUCACCCACGAAGCGUCGUUACCCAUCGCUCCACAAAAGCCGCGGCCCUUGCAGAGCAAGGGGCAACACUACAUCUAGGUUUCAGAGCAAGUAACGUAACUGAUUGAAACGCUACUAGCGCGUACCCGCUAACUAGCUAGCCAUUUCACAUCCGUUACACUUGCAUGAGUCAGGAAUCUUGUAGAUCGAGGAGGUGUGGUCUCCCUUCUCCCUGUGGUGUAGAACAUGUCUCAGAGGAGAACACACUACUCUCACCAGCUACUGAUAUAUGGAGACGGACCAACACACGUGAGGUUUCUACAGACAAAGCAGACAAGAGCUCCCCGCGGCAUGUCCUAGCUCUGCUCUGCAGACGAACAGCACUGUGCCCCAUCUUUUCUAGGUCUGAGACAGGGCUGUAACUCUGAGACCAGACUGCUACAUCCUCUCUUCAGGGUUAAAGGUCCAAUGCAGACGUUUUUAUUUGAAAUAAAUCUCGAUAUUAAAUCAUUUCUGGGUAAGUACCUUACUGUGAUUGUUUUCAUUAAAAUGGUCAAAAAGAAACUGAAAUAGCUUCUUAGCAAAGAGCCUUUUCUCAAGCAAGAAUGUAUCUGACUGUCUGGGAGUGGUCUGGAAAACUGCAAAUGAUCUGUUAUUGGCAGAGAGGUUUCGACGUCUUUCUUAUUGUUCGAUUAGCCCAUUUACCUCCUGGUGAUGUCACUAGGCAGGCCAAAACCAUCCCACCAGAACAGGCUGACAUGUAUUUUUACACACCUCUUCCACUUAAGAGGUCAUUAUCGUAGUUUUCUAAAUUGAACAGUAUUAUUCCAACCUCAUAAACGCAGCAUGUAAAGUGUUGGUCCCAUGUUUCAUGAAGCUGAAAUAAACAAUCCCACAAAUGUU